GUGGCUUUGAAUGAGAAGCGGAAGGCGAAGGGGCUGCCAGCGACGCCAAAAAUUCCCUCGGCGAAGAAGAUGCCUACAGCUCCAAAGAGCAGGCCUUCCAUUGACUCAAGUCUACCGCCUCCAGAGCCCAAAGAACCACCGAAGGGGAGAUCCGUGGCUUCUGCUCAAGCGAAAUACUUGUCACUACCGCCGCCCCCACCUGUACCGAAAUCACCGUCCAAAGCGAUGGCAAGAUGGAACAAGGAGGCGAAUUGGGAGGACAGCACCGGCAAGUGGGAGGAGGUGACUCAAGAUCAGAGGCAGUCCAACAGGAAGAGGUUCGAGAAGGAUCGCGAACAAGACGUCGAGUGGAUUUUGCAACUUGGUCGCAAGCCAGACGCGAGCUAA